GGCAGUGCUAAUGAAGUGGUGGUGAAUGUGCGUCACGUGCAAAGUGUUCCGAUAGAUAUACGCCAAAUCUCCUAUGACUAAUCGUUCAAUUAUGCAUUCAAAUUUGCACUAGCCGUAAUUAUUAAAUAGUUGUUACUACAUAAAUCCUAUCGCUUGCUGCCAUGAAAUCAUUUAAUUAUUAGUUAGUUGUUUUCUUUUCUUAUUUGACAAUUUAAUAUUUUAUGAAUUUAUUGUUAAAAAUUCUACCUACUAUAAUUGUUAACAUGAAGUAUGUAUGAGUGCUCUACUCAUACCACGGGAUGGUCGGCAGUGUGUUCCCUCCGUCAUAGAGAGUCGAGUUGGACGCAAAAAGGGAGCCUGAAAGGUCGACUUUCUCUUUUGCAGCGUGGGCGAGUGAGUCGUCCUCCCUGUGCAGAUAUGGUAGUGAUGGCUUACAGAAAUUUCCUUGGAUAGCCUUGGCGAGAGACCAGAAUGCACGGAUUCCCGAAGGAAAGCGAACUGAUUUCUCGAUCAUUCUGCCAAUGUGCUCAUACUUUAUCAUAAUAUGAUAAUUAUCCUUGGCAAUAACUCUUUUGAAGGACAUGGAGGUGAAGUUAUACUUCUUCUUAAGCAUGCUGGCUGCAUUUAUUUACAUCCCGAGCCGCCAAAGCGUCAGCCCAGGCCUGAUAACUCUCCUGCUUACUACGUAAUGCAGUCUUACAGGAGCGACCAAAGCAAGGCUGAGAUCUGCCUUCGUACUUCUACCCAUGUACCACAGAUGAUAGAAUAAACAGUUCCAUUCCCUGUAGCACCACAUCAGUGACAGAGUCAGCAACACCAUUAGUACAACAGAGCCGAGAGGGGCGUCGAUAGAAACCUGAUAUCUGUCCGGAUGUGAGGUCAGCAGAAGGUCCAAUAGGGAAGUUGCAUGAUCCUCCACAUCUGUAAUCCGCGUAGGCGAAGUAACCAGUUGUAUCAGACCAUAUACCAAGGCAAAGUCAUAAACAGAUCUCCCUGCAUGAUCGGUUAAACGUGAAUCGAGCCGUUCGGCGUGGUGGGCGUUAAAAUCGCCAAUUAUCACGAUCUCUGCGGAUGAGAUCUGUUGUAGCAAGGAAUCUGUAGCCAUUUGGACGUGGUCGAUGAGUCGGUCUGUGUCAGCAUUACCGCUAUGGAACCUAUGGCGGCACCCGUAGACACGGGGAGGUCAUCGCUGUCUAAGCGCAGCCAAAAGAUGGACAGGUCCGUACCUUCAAGACUGCCGAGGCGUCGAGAACAGAUAUCCUCUCUGACGUAUACGCAAACGCCAGCCCAGGGCACAAAGAAGUGUACUAAUAUGUAACCCGGGUAGGACAGGUACGAAGUAUCAGACGGAGAGGACACCUGCGUCACGGUCAAAAAGAGCAAGCCUGGCUUCGCCGUCUCGAAAUGGUAGUGGACGGCGUUAAGGUUCGAGUGAAGUCCCUUGAUGUUGCAGAAGUCCAUGGAUAGAAAUGUAGGAGCGAAGCUUCUACUUUACGCUGGUAUUCUGUGUGAGGUCGUUGUACUUCACCGGCUCGAGCCGGCCCAUCCUUGCAACAACAGAAGCUGCCGCGUGGCUCUACCACUGUUGAACCGACCGACUGACCGACCUAUUCCAUUCAUUGAAAUUGAAUAAUAUAUAUAAGUACCUUUCAAAUAUAUUUGUCGGAACGAUACGCGCGCCACCUUCUGAAAUUAAAUUAAACGAGUGUUUACAAUCACGUAAUUCAAAGAAAUGAGUGUCGAUACAAAAGUUCAAAAUGACGGUAAAAUUCAAUUCGAAGCUGCAUUGGAUUGGGCAGGUUUUGGUCCGUACAGUUAUGUUUUGACGACUUUGGCUGGUUUUAUUAACAUCGCAUACAUGUGUGUUUGUUACGCGACCACUAUCAUCAUCCCUGCAAGCGCGUGUGAACUGGGGACAACCACCUCCCAACAAGGAUAUAUAGCAUCGGGGCCAAGAUUCGGUGAAAUAACGGGUGCCAUUAUUGGUGGAUACUUGGGAGACAAGUUCGGACGGCGUCGGGUACUGCUCUUUGCGCUCAUCUCGUCGGCUGUACUCAACGGCAUCGCCAGCAUCUCCGUCAACUGGGUCAUGCUGUUGAUUGUGCAGUCCCUCGCAUCAUUUUGUUCAGGUAGUCAAUGUUCAUUGGCUAUUACAAUCCUCUGCGAGAGCGUUCCUAUGUGUAGAAGAAACGUACUGGUCUUGUGGGUCCUGAGUAUGUUCUUCUUGUCCCAAGGUAUUAUGGCAGUAAUCGCCAUACCCAUUAUUCCGCUACCGUUCUCAUUCUACCUUCCCGGAUUGGGCAUCUACUGGAACUCUUGGCGAACUCUACUCCUCGUCUACUCUACACCAAGUCUUCUAGCUGCUGUCUGGCUGUUCUUCAUGCAGGAGAGCCCAAAAUAUGUGUUUGUGAAAGGACAUGAAGAAGAAUCUAUAGAUAUUAUAAAAACCAUACACAGUUGGAACAAUUGGAAACCAGCAGAAGAUUUUCAAAUAAAGAGUUUGACGUUGGAUGCUCUUGACGAACCGACGUCAAUAAAAGACCAGAUCGUGCCACUAUUUAAAGCACCCCUUCUCAAAUAUACUGUGAUCAUGACUACGCUGUGUCUGUUGCAACUAAUUACAGCGUUCGGAGUCUGGUUGCCGACAAUUGUCAAUCAAUUCAUGCAGAUUGUGGAGACAGGAGUAGGCACAGACAGGAGUCUGUGCAGCAUUAUCAGCGAUAGUGUCGAAGUACCAGUUGAUCCAGACGUCGCACCGUGCGCCCUGAACGUAUCAUCACUUCUGUUGGUACUGUCAAUGGGUGCUCUGCGGUCGUUCCUUAACAUAUUGCUAAGUUUGGUGGUGAACAGAGUUGGCUACCGCAACAUGGCCAUAUGCUUUACAGUUGUGUGUGGAGUGUCAGGCAUCAUGGUGAACCUCAUACCCAACGCCUACGCUAGCGUCGUUUUCUUCAUGAUCUUCAUGACUGGAGCGUUGGUUACGGGAAUGUACGUGGCCCUUACCGUUGCGUUGUUCCCCACUCAUCUCAGGGCGCUGGCCGUGGCUCUAACAUCGACUGGAGGAAGUAUUGGAAUGCUUGCUUCGGUACCGAUCCUCAACCGGCUGCUCGAGGUCAACUGCAGUGCUGGUUUUUAUACAUUCAGUAGCAUUUUUCUUUCAUCAGCGUUCAUAGCUGCGUUUUUACCUAAUGACAGUUGUUUAUUGAAAAAGAAACUGGAACAGAUAGAAAAAAAUACAAAAGAUGAAAAAUUAACACAGUGCACUUAGUUUUUAUUAUAGUUUAAGUUAAUGUUAUGUUGUAAAUAAAGUACAAUUAAGUUACUAUGUAAAUCUUUAUUUUGUUUAUUUAUGUAAAUAAUUGUGUAAUUAAAACAUGUAAUUUGUGAGAUUCUUUC